GAGAGAGAGAGAGAGAGAGAGAGAGAGAGAGAGAGAGAGAGAGAGAAAGAGACGCACGACGGAGCGGCGGCAGCAACGGAGCGGCACCCGCGGUGCUGUGAGAGAGGCGGUUUUAGGGGGAAAAACCCCGCAUUAACACCUCUCAGGACUGAGGGGUUCAUUCUGUCUGCCGGCCCACUUCACGGUCACUUUUUGGGGAGGACGCUACAACUGUGACCGGUGGUGGUGAAAGAUGCAGUUCCAGUCCGACUCUGUGCGGCGCGCGGUCCGCCUCCGACGCUGGUGAUGCCCGCCGUGCGGGGAUCACCGCCCAGCAGCAGCAGCAGAAGCGGCCACGGCAGGAGGAGCAGGAGGAGGUUAGGGUCAGGACAACAGUGCGUCGGGGGGCCGAUGGUGAUGAUGGUAAGGUCGGGACCAUGGCUAACGGAACCGGUACUAUCAUGUUAAAAUGCGUCGUGGUGGGAGACGGUGCGGUGGGCAAAACGUGUCUCCUGAUGAGCUAUGCCAACGACGCCUUUCCAGAAGAGUAUGUGCCCACAGUCUUUGAUCAUUAUGCAGUGAGUGUCAACGUCGGUGGAAAGCAGUACUUGCUGGGACUGUAUGACACAGCUGGUCAGGAGGACUACGACCGCCUGAGGCCGCUGUCCUACCCGAUGACCGAUGUCUUCCUUAUCUGCUUCUCGGUGGUAAACCCUGCCAGUUUCCAGAACGUGCGUGAGGAAUGGGUGCCUGAGUUGCAGGAGUAUGCACCCAGUGUCCCCUACUUGCUCAUUGGCACCCAGAUUGACCUUCGUGAUGACCCCAAGACCAUUGCCAAACUGAAUGACAUGAAGGAGAAGCCCAUACCCACUGAGCAAGGACAGAAACUAGCGAAAGAGAUCGGCGCAUGUUGCUAUGUGGAAUGUUCAGCUUUGACGCAGAAGGGCCUGAAGACGGUGUUUGACGAGGCCAUCAUCGCAAUCCUGACUCCCAAGAAAAAGAAGGGAGCUCUGAAGAGAAGACUGGGACCUCGCUGCAUCAACUGCUGUCUGAUCACGUGAUACAUAAACCCGGAGAUCAUUCGGCAACCAACCAUAAACCAAACCUUGACUGGAGGCAAAAGACAGACAAGAAAAAAAAUGCACAGACAGCGGAGUGAGACUAAAGACUGAAAAGGACAAAACAAGAGCUACUUUUAAGCUGCAAGGCUCUUAAAAGGCCAUAACUCUCUUCUGCUGUCCAACACAGGUUGAGGAUGCAGUUUACAACCAAAGGAGCACAAAACCCAAGUCAGUCUCUUCUUCUAAAAGACUUUUUGCCUCUAAAGUACCUUCUUUUAUAACCAUUUUUAAUCAUUUUAUUUUCCUGUACAAAAUUGAUGUAAGCUGUCAUGCAGAAAAAAACCACAAAAUGACAUUUCAGUUUUAAGAAAACUGCUACAUUUUUAGUUCAUAUUAUGUGUUUUGGUUUUGAGAGCUAGAUUAUUGAUUUGUGCAUUUGUCUAUAUAAGAGCAGAUCGGAGAAAGUCUGCAGCUGAUAAAUAAUGAGAGGCUUACUUAAGUGACACUGUGACAAUAGCCAGGACACAUUUCUGGCCAUAGAGCGCUGCAGGGAUAACGUAUUUUUGUUAGCUAACAAAAAGCUAACGGGAUUCUUCCAUUGGACUUUGGAUUAUUGCAAAAGAUAAACUCUGUGGCAAACAAAAGUUUAUAACAAAGCUAAAGGCAGACAGGUGGUUGACUUGAAGUCUCAUUCAGCCACUUGUUAGCGACCGGCUUUUAUAAGAAACGUAAACGCUUUAGUGGGAUAUUUACUGAUGUAUUGUAGAUCGUAGAACAAAACGUUAACCACAGACCUUAUUCCAAGGAUCUAACCAAAGACCCAUUCAAAAAAACCAUUGACUUCGAGACAGGGGAAACGGAAGUACGAAAAUGCCGACUCAUUACCGGGUUUUAGGACUCAUUCCUGCAGCGCUCUAUAAGGGCCCAGUUCCCCCCGCAAUUAUAAGAUUUGUGCUACCGAGAGUCUGUCGGCCCACAAAGUCUGUUUCCAGUUAUUUGCCAAUUGAGGACUUGCAAAUGAAACCACACAAGGCUUAUUGCAUUGUGUGGGGGAUAACACAAGUCGACAGUGAGUGUAAUGCUGUUCAGAGAACACAUUUCGGACCUAGAACUGUAUGAUUUUAAAGUUUUAGAGUCUUGUUUUUGCCUUAUGAAAACCCUAAUUUAUAGUGUGGCAUGCAAAAACAUGCUGUAAGUUAGGGGCUGAGGUCUUCAUCAGGAAGAGGUCUAUUAUCCAUUUUCAAAAUAUUAAUUAUCCAGAGUAUAUCAUUCUAUAUCUCUAAAUCUAGUAUGUGCAAAUAUUAUUUUGUCAGCCGAUUACUUUUUUUGUUUUAAUUGUUGCUACCCUGCAAUAAUGCGUUAUCCUUUUAUCACCUUCAAGAAGGUUUAGAAGUAGAGGACUCUCAUUUUAGAAAUGAAACUCCGAUUCAAAUUCAACGUCCGAAGAAUCAAAUGAACAUUUUCAUCAAAAUCCGAUGGUGACCCAAUACUGUAAUGCACAACAUGAAGCACAGUCGGCGCCGCGCCAUUUACCGACACAACAAAGCACAUUCCUCUGCUUUUAAACACAGUCCCUCUCCCAGAAAAGUCUGAUUGAAGCACAGAAGAUACACACUGUUCCAUCAGGCACAAGUAUUAGCACAGCACACUAUCUUACCACGCACAAUCAUGGUCUCCAAAACACUUACAGGUAUCAGCUUUUCAGGAAAUACAGAAAAGAAACGGAUUCAAACAGUUUUGAAAGGGUACAAGAAGGGGUUGCAGCAGCUGUUCGUACGUACAAACUUUACCUAGUUUUAAUGAAAGUGAUUUACACAUCACCUAAUCAAUACAGGGGCACCACACAAACUAGUUCUUACUUUGAGAUAAGUUCCUAAUAACCAUUUACACCCAGUAACUGUCAGGCGUAGCCGUUGCGUAACGUUAGCUUGCAAAGAUGUUACCACUUUCGAAAGACGAGUAAAAGAGGUAAAAAUGGAGCAUGGUCGAAACAACUAACCUGCCACUUUCAAACUGUUCAAUAAUUAUAUUAAGUGUCCAUUAAAAAGUCUAUUUGACCAUAACAACCCAAUAUACCUUGAAUUACAACACAUUAUGCCAACAACGUUAGACCAAAUUACUAGCUAACGUGAAAUAACUUUGGCUAGGUUAGCAUAAUCUGAUGUUUCCCAUUCAUUCUGGAUUAUAUGAAUACUACUAAUUCUGAUGUUUCUCUCUCUUUUGGCAUCAAUGAAUAAAACAAAGUCAUAGCUACAUUUACAGACAAUCAGCACGUAGGUUUGAUUAUCACUAUGCCACCUAAAACUAUUAUGUUUUGGCAGUUAUUUUACAGCUGAUACUACAAUGACUUUGCAAAUUCCCCCCCACCCGUGGAUAAUGAAAACAAAGUAUCUAUCGACUUGUCCGUCUAAGAUAUUUCGUAAGUUUUAAUGAUGCAACCUAAUCAUGAAUUUCAAACUAGCUUUACUGAGAACGUUUAAAGGACUUUAUACACAAACGGAAGAGAUGGAUAUACGAAUAACUGGUGCAACGCUGUCUGUUGAAGUCCAUCCUUCAAAUAAUAAUUACCAAAUACAAAGUUAUCAGUUAUAGGGUAGAUAGAUAGUUGAAACAGAAUUCAUUGAUCCUUGUCAUAAGCUCACAAUCUACACCAUUUCAAAUAUAAAUUGAGGUAAUAUCUGAAGUGAAACAGGAUUUAGAGAACAGCUUAAAUAUCCACGAGCUCCCAAAUAACUGUAUGCAACAAAGGUUUCAAGCCUACAUGUCUAUAAUAAUUGAGGUUGUGACCGAACUUUUCUUGCAAGCUCUUCAUAUUAUUAUGCAUUAGUUUUGGGCUUUUUCUAACUUUUUUUUUGUUUGUUGAAAAAGAUAUUAAUCAAAGGUGCCAACUCUUGCUAAAUGACUUGCAUUAAUUUUGUGUUAUGAGUCAGAUUAUGCUGAUUGAUUAAAGCUUUAAUGUAAA